ACCGACGCGCGGCCGGCGAUGGUGCGUCCGACGUGCGAUGGGCGACAGUGGUGAAGCCAUGCUGGAGAUCACGGAGAAAGUGAAACGACACCUGCGCCAUCUCUCCAGCUCGAGCUCCACCUCCAGCGCGUGCAGCGCCUCAAACGGAGGCAGUCUGGUACUAGUGCAGGCCCAAGUGAUGAUGCGGGACGACAACAUGGGCGGCUGGCUGCCGAUGGGCGGCUGGGGCCUCUCCAAGGUCUCGGUGCGCAAGCGGCACCCGCGCUACGAACACGUCAACGCAGAACACCCGAAAACGGAGUACAUGAUCUUCGGCAAGCGCAUCAACGACGGAGUGUCGGUACUGAGCUGCACAAUCAAGAAGGAUUUUGUGUACCACAAGGUGAUGCCGACGUUCCACCACUGGAAGACGGGCGACAAGAAGUUCGGGCUCACCUUCCAGACGGCGGCCGACGCGCGCGCCUUCGACCGAGGAGUGCGCUUGGCUGUGCAGGAUCUGCUGGACGAUAUUGGAGACAAUGACGUGUUCAUGACGCUGGAGCUGCCUGUGGACCGGUACGACAGCCGCUCGUCUUCGGACUCGUCCGUGUCGCGCCAGACGGCCGCUUCGCCGCAGUCGGCGCUGCUGCACCGCAUGUCGUUCGGCCCCCCGCCGGCGACAGCGGCGCCGGCGGCCGGCGGUGGCGGCGGCGGCUCGGCCGGGCCCCACUCGGACGAGAGCGCCGCCUCUGAGUACCCGUACGUGCAGUUCGCGCGCGACAGGCCCUCCAAGCACGAGUACAGCUACCCGGCCAUGGAGGACCUAGUCAAGCAGAAGGAGGCGCUGAAGCGCGGCGCGGGCGAGGUGCUGCACCUGACGCAGCCGCCGCUGCCUAGCAAGGGCGGCAAGCGGCGCGUGGAGCCGCACCGGCCGCUGCCGCGCCGCUGCCGCCACUGCCAGGAGCCGUACGACGAGGCGAGUAACGGCCGAGGCCAGUGCGAGUACGCGCCGGACGCCGUGCGGACGUGUCUGGACGCGGUGACGUGUAUGCCGGCCGCGCAGUGCAUGCUGUACCACUGCUGCGCCGACGCCGAGGGCGACUUCGGCAGUCGGCCGUGCGCGUGCGCGCCACGCGAAGAGCGCUGCCUGCGCCGCUGGCUGGGCCUGACGCUGCUGGCCGCGCUGCUGCCCUGUCUGUGCUGCUAUCCGCCGCUGGCCGGCUGUUACCGCUGCUGCCGGCGGUGUCACGCGUGCGGCGGCAAGCACGGCCCCUCCACGCACCCGUAGUCACGCCACACUCACGCACGCGUCACGCGCGACCACAGUCACGACACACAGACACACACACAGACACACACACACACACACGGCGCCCACCGCGGCCGAGCCGCUGCGAACUCGCAAGCCGAGGGCGUGCAGCGCACACACAUUCUACGUAUGAACAAUGCGAUAUAUGAAUAGAGAACGUAUAUGCGGUGAAGAGCGCAGCGUUUGUUGUUCUGCGCAUGCGCCCGCCGCCGCCCGGCCACCGCCGCUGUCACUACUCUUAGAAGGCACGCGUGCGCUGUGUUCGUUAUCCAAAGGGAUCCCAAUGUCUCGAGGGCUCAGGGGAUAUUGUGACGCUCUUUGGAAGCUCUGUCUUCAGUUCUGUUGAUAUACGCGCUCGCUGCGCCGCCUGCGCGUGUACAUGAAUGUGAUAUAUGGGUGCGGCGGGGGCCGGGUCGGCCGCGAGGACGCUGGUUUUGGCGCGCGGCGCUUCUCUGCACGGCGCCCGUGUUAAUUACUUGAGAUCGGUCUAUCCAGGCUCGGAGAGGUGGCUUUAUCCGCCACGCGGACCGGCGUCGCCAGCUGUGGGCGGCGGCCGGCGCCAGGGCCGGCACCGGCAAGCUUUACCGAUAGCAGUGCUGUUGAGAUUGCGGAAGCGUUUCCAGAGUUGCCGACUUUGUGCGCGUUUGGCCCGCCAGGUGACGCCUCAUCUCCAUUGGCGCGCGCGGCCGCUAGGCGCGGUUUUAUAGUUGUGACGUGUCGGUGUUGGAGUUGCGCCCACGCGAGCGCACACCCACACAACGUUGUAAUGUACUCCUCAUCUUUGUGAACUGGACUCAUCGCUACUGUCAUUUGUUCCUAAAUACAUGCCGCUUAAUACCCGA